AUGAUGGUGGAAGUGGCUUCGACUCCUUCUGCGAAGGAGUACACUCAAAAAAUCAGUCGAUGCGGUACCCAGUGGCUCCACGCCUUGCAGCUGCUCCGCUCCGCCGCGCGGAGUCGUACAACGCGCCUGGACGUGGCGGUGUACAACGCGGCGAUGAAGUGCUGCGACCGGAGCCAACAGUGGCCGACGGCGCUGCACUUGUUCGAAGAGCUGCAGGAGCGAUUCCAACCGAGCAUCAUCAGCUAUAGCACUGCUGCCAGCGCCUGUGCCACGGGCGCCGCCUGGCGCGCCGCCCUCGCCGUGGCGCGGUCCGCGGCGCGUCUCUCCGCGGCGGCGGACGUGGCGGCGGUGAAUGCGGCCAUCACGGCGUGCCAGCGAGCACAGCGGUGGGAGAGGUCGCUCGACCUCUUCGCCGCCACACCACGCCCCACGGCCAUCACCUACGGCGCCGCCCUCGCCGCCGCGGGCACUGCGGGCGCGUCGUCCGCGUCCGGCGCGUGGCGGGCGGCGAUGGCGGCGGAGCUGCUGGAGGGCUGCCGGCGGAGAGAGGUGGAGCUGAACGUGGUGAUGGUGAAUGCAGCGAUCGGGGUCUGUGAGCCCAUCUGGGAGCAGGCGCUACACCUCUUCCGAUCGCUCCUCCCGCGCGGCCUUCGCCCCAGCGCCGUCAGCGUCAGCAGCGCCGUGCGCGCGCUGCCGCCCCUCCGCUGGCGCUCCGCGCUGGGCGCGCUGGGCGCGGAGGAGGCGAACGUGGCGGCCGUCAACUGUGCCGCGUCGACCGUGGGCUCGGCCCAGCGCUGGGUUCAGGCGCUGGAGCUCUGGACGUGCCUGGCGGCUGCGGCGCUACGGCCGAACGCCGCGACGCCGGUGGCGGUAUUGAAGGCUUUGGAAGAGAAGGCGGAAUGGAUGCAAGCCAUGAAGCUCUUCGAACGGAUGUGCGUUCAGCUCUCCACCGUUCCUGCGGUCAACGCGGUGAUCAGCGCCUGCGAGAAAGCGGGCCAGUGGCAGGUGGCCUUGCUGCUGCUGAGCCAGUUAGUCGAAGAGGACCGUAUGGACGUGACCAGCUACAAUGCAGCCAUCAGCGCCUGCGAAAAGGGAGUUCAGUGGAGGCUGGCGCUGCAGUUGCUGAGCGACUUGCAGCAGAACCCGUCGCUGCAAGCGACGGUGGUGACCUGUGGAGCUGCCAUCAGCGCCUGUCAGAAGGGGAUUUGUUGGGAAGGCAGUCUUCAGCUGUUGCAGAUGGCAGAGGAAGUGACACAGGAGGUGAGCAGCACUGCCAUCAAUGCCGCCUUGAGCGCGUUGGCGUCAGCGGCACAGUGGCAGAGGGCGCUGCUGCUCUUCCACGGCGCCGUCGCUCCCACGGCGAUCGGCCUCGGCAGUUGCGCGGACGCCUGCGCACGCCGCACGCGGUGGCAGGCGUGUGCCCAGCUGUUGCGAACGGCGGAAGCUCAGUUGCUCCAGCCCGAUCCCACGACCUACAGCUUGGUCAUCAGCUCCUUCCAGAAAGCCUUGCAAGCGACGCCCAGCCCGGAGCUGCUGGGCGCCGUGCGGCCGAAGGUCUUCGCGCUCCUGCCGAGCAGAGCCUUCGCCGGUGGGCCGUUUGGCCCGGCCCGGAGGGUGGUGGAGGAGCCCAGAUCGGUAGAAAAGGAGCAGGCGGACGAGGAUGUGCACAGAGAUGUCCAGGAAGUGAAGACGGAAUUGCGCUUCCAAUCCCAGGCGAUCCUGGCCUUGCAGGAGGCGGCCGAGGCGUAUUUGGUGGGUCUCUUCGAGGACACCAACCUCUGUGCAAUCCACGCAAAACGCGUCACGAUCAUGCCCAAGGAUGUGCAGCUGGCACGGCGCCUGCGGGGAGAGCGCACCUGA